AUGGACGCAUUUUUUGGCUAUCAUCAAAUUUUCAUGGACCCUGCUGACAAAGAAAAAACGGCACUUUUAUGCUCAACAGGGGUGUUUAAUUAUAUUAUGAUGCCUUUUGGUUUGAUGAAUGCGGGGGCAACCUAUCAGAGGUUGAUGGAUAAAAUUUUUAAAGAUCAGAGGGAAAAGGUUCAGGCAGUAAUUGAUCUGGCAGAACCACAGAGCAGACAUGAAGUUAUGAAGUUAACUGGGAGAAUGACAGCACUUUCCAGAUUCAUUUCCAAGUCAGCUGAGAGAAUAAUAUCAUUCUUCAAUGUUUUGAAAGGAAAUAAAAAAAAAUUUGAAUGGGGUGAAGAAAAAAGUCAGGCUUUUAAGGAGUUAAAGGAACACCUACACAUUCUACCAACUCUAGCAAGACUUGUAACAGGUGAAACGUUAUACUUGUACAUAUCAACAACACAGCGUACAGUGAGUGCAACGUUGAUUAAGGAGGAAAAUAAAGUUCAACUCCUGAUUUAUUUUGUAAGUAAAGUAUUGUUGGAUGCUGAAACCAGAUACUCUAUGAUAGAGAAAGCAGCUUAUGCUGUGAUCGUUAUUACCAGAAAGUUGAGACCUUACUUUGAUGCUCAUCAAGCAAAAUGCGCUGUGGAAUGGAAUGGGUUAGGAUUCAAGUACGAACCCAGAAAAGCAAUUAAAGGUCAAGCACUGGCUGAUAUUUUUGCGGAAUGGACAACCCAAGAUGAAAGUGAAGAACCAAUCUGGCAAUUAUUAACUGAUGGGUCAUCUAGACUUGUUGGUGUAGGGGCUGAAUUGGUAUUGAUAACGCUAGAAGGGAAAGUCAUUGAGUAUGCUUUGAAGUUUCAGUUCAAAGCUACUAACAAUGAGGUAGAAUAUGAGGCAGUCAUUGCUGGGUUACAAUUAUGCAAAGCUCUGGAAGAAAGAAGAUUCAGUUUGAAAACUAACGCACAGUUAGUUGUGAAUCAUAUUCUAGGAAAAUUUGAAGCUAGAGACGAAAACAUGCAAAAGUAUUUAAAGAAGACACAGGAGCUGAUUUCGGGGUUUGAAGCAAUUCAUGUUGAAAGAUUGGAUGAAAGAUAUCAUUUAGUACAAAGAAACAGGAGAUCUCCCUACAGACCCAAUUCUUGCCAGAAAGCUGAAAUUAAAGGCGCUCCAGUUUUAUAUGGUAGAUAG